UACCACUGCAAACCUUAGUAUAAAACGUUAAAAUACAAGAUUUCUGGCAUACUUUCACCCAAAUGGAUAUCAGAUGUACUAAGCUUUGUCAGUUAAAGUAACGGGUUUAUUUUUAAAUAUUCAAAUUGUUAAAUGAUUUACGUAUUUUUACGACGGUAGUUUAGGUCACAAUGAUUCGCAGAUCGCUCAUAAGUUUAAUAUCGGCUGCGGAUUCCGCUAUGUGCUCCCUGACGAAGUUUCUAUGUUUCUUGAUGGUGGUUUGUUCGGUACAUAGUUUGCAACUGGACAGCCAGGCUUCGACGAGGCGGCCGCGCAUCACCAAGUACAGUAAAACGACGAUGUCACCGGGGUCAACGGAGCCAGCCACCGAACGCAGUUUGUUGACGGCCACAUAUCGCCUCCAGGGGAGUGGGGGGGAGACAUGCAUCUUGCUGGUUGUGGACGCCUUGCUGGAUAUAUCGUAUAUGACCAAACUUAAUGAGCGAGCUGAUGCAAAUACAUUCGUGCCCAACAAUGCGAAUGUCGGCGGAUCGUGUAAGGAAGCAGAUAUCGAGACCUUGGUGCUAUCUUUCAAGGAGUUUGCGUUGGAAUGGACUUUUGCUAAGACCCCUGGCGGCGAACGUUGGUACGUGGACAGCAUCAGACUGACAUACAACUCAAGCGCUCGGAUACUGGAGCACGCAGCGAAGCAGGGUCGUCGAGUUAGUCUCACGACUGGGCCUAGAGCCUUGCUGUUUCCCACACCUGUUGGCAAGUCCUUCGAUUGUCCUGAUGAGUCUAUAGUGGAACUACUUGAAGAGGAUGCUGGUAACCCGAACACAGCUCACCGUGCAAAGCUCUACCUACGCCAAAUGCGCCUCCAACCGUUCAUGUUCAAACGCGAUGGACAAUUCGGUCCGCCAUGGAAGUGUUCCGACGCUAACCGAACCCGCUCGGAAACCGCGCCCGUAGCAGUCGGUUCAGCCUUGGCUAUAGCGACCGCUGGCACUCUAGUGGGCUACGCGAUUUGGCGGUAUUUGAAAGUGAAAAAGGUGCAAUAUGACACGAUGGAAUGAAGGGGUUGAAUGCGUUCUGAAUUUGAAUUUUUUUUUUCUUCUAAUUUGCUUUGACAUUGUUUUCUGCCUUUUUAUUACGCAUUGUUGUCGUUAAGAUAUGAUUUGAAAUUCGAAUUUUUUGUGUGGUUUGUCAUGAUCUAAAGGUUGAUAAAUUUUAUUUUUAUGUUAAGAAGUUCUUUAAUAAAAAUAUUUAGUAGUUGAAUCUGAGUUUAUUACAAAUUAUAGAUUAUUGAUUGGUUUUCAUGUGUCGUAUUAAAUAGUUUUUAAUUCAGAACGCAUUCGUUAAAAUUGAUCUCAAAAAUGUACGCCAAUUACUCAAUACAUCCAAAUUGCGAUAUUUUAUCAUGAAUGCGU